GGGUACCACUACUGUGUCUCGUCUGUCAAAACCAGAAGCUCUGCACAGUGACUCUUCAGUAUCAGGUGAGGACCCAUCGAGUUUAAAGGAUUUGUGUGAGUGGUUAACCAUGAGGAGUGCAGUGUGCGUUUUGGUUUUGGCGUUUUUCGGCUAUGUGAGCGCCCAACAGCUCAAAGGGAAUCAAGAGGAUCCCUGCAAACUUAAAUCGAAAGUGGUCGGAGAUGAAACUUAUUGUGACAGAUACUGGGAAUGUGUGAACGGUCAACAAGAGUUAUACGACUGUCCCAAUGGUCUAGUUUUCGCUGGAAAGCAUCGAGGAGUGACUGAAGGUUGUGACUAUCCAUGGAGGUCCAACUACUGUGACAACAAACAACAAGCAAACCCGCCGAUUUCCACCGAACAUUGUGACUGGCUUUAUGGCAUUUUCGGGCAUGAAACUUCUUGUACGAGAUAUUGGACGUGCUGGAAUGGCACUGCCACUGAACAACUUUGCAUUGGUGGACUUUUGUACAACGAAAAGACUCAUUCGUGCGACUGGCCCGAAAAUGUAGACGGUUGCCAGAAACACCCUCUCUGCAAUGAUGACCCUAACGGUAAUGUCCCAUUGGGCAAAUCGUGUAAUAGAUAUUGGCAAUGCCAAGGAGGAUAUCCUCGUCUGCAAAGAUGCCCUGCUAUGUUGGUCUUCGAUCGCAGAUCAUUGAGAUGUGUUGUUCCUCCUACUGAAGACUGUGACAUUCCAAGUACUAUCCCCCCACCUCCUCCAGAAGAGGACGAUGAUAGCAAUAUUCCGCAAAACAACCCAAAAAAUAAGCAACACAAUUUUAAUUUACCCCCCGGUGCUAUUCCCGUACCGGACAAAAACAGACCAAGGAAUUAGAUUUAGAAAAGCCACUUUUUAUAAAAAUUUUAUGUAAUAAGUUUUAAAGCGAGAGAAAAUUUGUACCUGAUUUCGGAAACGGAACGGUGGGUACAAUUUGUUGACUAUUACCUUGCUACCACAACAUUUCUUUCGUUGACAUUUUCGUUAUGUAAUGAAAAAUUAAUUUAUUUUCCUUAGAAAUUAUCUUUACGCUCAUGUGUAAAUUUAAUUUUACUUUCACUCGACUUGUUUCAAUUACCUUUCUCUACUUACUACAACUUCAUCUAGUGCCAGUAUUUUUAUUUUUUCAUUAUUCCCUUGUUGCGUAACACGUUGUGAAUAAAUAAAUAUUUAAGUUUGUAACUUGUAAGCGUAAUCCAUUGAAAUAAAUUUUGUAAAACAUAA